AUGACGCAGUCCAAACACGACAUUGGGGCUUUGAGAGCUCAGUUUCCUGCUUUGCAGCAGAAACAAAUCUUUUUAGACAACGCUGGUGGUAGCCAAAUCCUAGGCGCCGCAGCCGACUCGAUACGGGAUUAUCUAAUCACUUCAAAUGUGCAAAUGGGCGGAUCCUAUGCCGCGAGUCAGACAGCAGCCAAGAAAGUGAACAAAGGUUACGAAGCAGGUUCACGAUACAUCAAUGCACUUCCAGACGAGAUCGUUUAUGGCGCCUCUUCCACUCAACUUCUGCGUAACCUGGCCAUUGGUCUCACAUUUGCAGAAGGCGACGAGAUCAUCGUUUCAACCCUUGAUCAUGAAGCCAACAUCGCCCCAUGGCUGAAUCUUGCAGAACGACAGGGCCUGAGUAUACGAUUCUGGAAUCCUGAAGGGCAGGGUAACAACCCGAAACUUACAGUUGAGAGUCUCAAGCCAUUGCUGUCCAACAGGACAAAGUUUGUGGCCUUUACUCACACUACCAAUCUGCUUGGCUCCAUCCAUGACGUGAAAGCCAUCACGGCGGCUGCUCACGAGUUUCCUGACGUCCUUGUCUGUGUGGAUGGAGUCGCUUAUGCCCCCCAUCGCCCAGUCGAUGUGAAGGAUCUCGGAGUCGACUUUUACUGUCUAUCAUGGUACAAAGUCUUUGGUCCUCAUAUUUCCAUGCUGUAUGCCAGUGGAGAAGCCCAGAAGCAACUGCGGCCUUUAUGCCAUUACUUCAACCCCUCGGAAUCUCUGUCUGACAAAGCAUCGUUCGCUGCUGGGAGCUAUGAGCUGAUAGCGAGCAUUCCUACGGUUGUAGAUCACAUAUCCGAACAUGGCUGGGAAGGCAGCGUCAAGCAAGAGACACAGAUUCAAACCAUGCUGCUCGAUUACCUAUCGAAGCGAGAGGACAUCACUAUCUAUGGAGAACCCAGUGCUGACGCAGAAAGUCGAGUACCUAUUGUGAGCUUCACUGUGGAGGGGUGGAACUCUCGAAGUGUCGUAGCUGCUAUCGAAGCGAAUUCGAAUAUUGGCUUGAAGCACGGUCACUUCUAUUCCCAUCGGUUAAUCACAGAAGUCCUGGACUUGGAUGCCGGGGAUGGUGUUGUGCGAGUGAGCAUGGCACAUUACAAUACCCGCGAAGAGAUCGAGGCGGUGAUUUCGACAUUGGAGGAUGUUAUUGUGAGGAAAGACCAAGUAGAAAAGAACGGAAAAUAA